GGCUACAUCCGAGCCCGACCAGCAGGUCUCCGAGACCCUGAGCGGCAGAAGCGCCCGGCUGAUCGCCAAGGACCCUCGCGCCAUGGAGAGGCUGGGGAAGCAACGCAGCGCGCCCCUCCGGCUGGGGAUCUUGCUCCGGCACCUGCUUCCCCCCGCCGGAUUCGCACCUUUUCCAACUUCAGCCCAGGUUGCUCCUGUGACAUGCCCAACGCAGUUCCGUUACACCUUGGAUAAUGACGUCUUAACUCCAGAGCAGAGACGUUUCUAUGAGGACAAUGGAUAUCUCGUCAUCAAAAAUCUGGUGGCUGAUGAAGAUAUUGAGCGCUUCAGAGAGGAGUUUGUAAAGAUAUGCAGAAAGGAAGUGAAGGUGCUUGGAAUAACUAUCUUGAAAGACAUCACGAUUGCCAAGUCUGAAGCCAACGAGAAUAAGGUUUUCAGAUUGCAGGAUUUCAUGAAUAGCGAGGAGCUCUUUCAAUACUGCACCUUACCUCAGGUCUUAAAAUACGUCGAAUGCUUCACGGGGCCGGACAUCAUGGCUAUGCACACCAUGCUGAACAAUAAACCACCCGAUACAGGCAAGAAAACCUCUCGUCAUCCUUUGCAUCAGGAUCUUUAUUACUUCCCCUUCCGGCCUGCCGACCGAGUUGUUUGUGCCUGGACCGCAAUGCAAAAGGUGGACCGGACAAACGGAUGUCUGGUUGUGUUGCCAGGGACUCACAAGGGCUGCCUGAAGGAGCACAAAUACCCGGAUUGGGAGGGUGGUGUGAACAAGCUGUACCAUGGGAUCCAUGACUACGACAAGAGUCUUCCCAGAGUCUACCUCCCCAUGGAGAAAGGAGACAUCGUCUUCUUCCACCCCUUGAUCAUUCAUGGCUCCGGAAGAAACAGGACGGAAGGAUUUCGGAAGGCUAUUUCUUGCCAUUAUGCCAGUAGUGACUGCUACUAUAUUGACGUCAAAGGGACUAUCCAGGAAACUAUAGAGAAGGAAGUGGAAGAGUUUGCAAGGCGGAAGUUUAAUGUUGGUUCAUCAGUGGAUUUGAAAGACGCUGCUAUAAUACGGUGUCGACUGGUUAAAGGGGAGAAAAAAAAUCUUUAAAACUCUCAUUCUCCAAUCAGCGAAGAAGCCUCGGAAAAUUCAGCAUUUAUUUUUUCUUACUUUUUGGGGGAAGGGCUAUGCGGUUAGUAAUAAUCUCGAUAGGACUUUGAAGCGCUAUCUGCAUCUGGAACUCAAUUCAAGGCUGCAAUUCUAGGCACAUAAAUUGUGAAUUACAAUGACUACGGUGAAAUUUCUUUCUGAGUAAAAAAAUAAAUGGUUAGAAUUUAAGCUGCAAUUCUAUACAAAUUUUACUUAGAGUCUAAGAAUUUUAAACUGCUGUCCUAGUCUUUUUCUUUUGAAAAUAUUUUUUAUUUUAAAACAAAAACAAAAUAUAAAACCAUCAUCAUUCCCAACAAUUACAGACAGUAUGUCGAACGAUUAAUAUUCUCUUGUGCAUAAUUCAAUUUCUAAAAUACCAAUUUAUAACAGGAACUUAUAUCUCUUAUAAAAAAAACUUCACACAUUUUAUCUUUACAUCAACACCAUAUUUCAUCUUCAACUCCAUGAUUUAUUAUCUAUCUAUUGAUAAAACAAAUCCCAUAUCAAAUAGUAUUGUUUAUCUUCCUGUUCUCUAAUUUCAAAUGUCAAUUUACUCAUUUCAGCACGUUCCAUAAUUUUCUUAAUAACCUCAUCAUCUGUAGGUAACUUCUCUCCUUUCCAGUUUUUAGCAAAUACAAUUCUAGCCGCUGUUAAAACAUUCACAAUUAAAUAUUGCAAUUCUCUAUUGUAUGUUUCCUGUAAAAUCCCUAAUAAAAAUAUCUCUGGUUUAACGUCAA